AUGGCGGACCUGAUUGAGCAAAAUCAUCUUAUGCAGUUUCUUAUGGGUCUGAAUGAAGAAUACGAUAAUGUGCGGAGUCAGAUUCUGGUUGCUGAACCUCUACCGAGUAUAAAUAAAGCCUAUUCGAUGAUUUUACGCGUAGAGAGGCAAAGGCAAGUACACAUGGGUGAAUCACUUGAGGGAGCAGCAUUGUUUGCUGAAGGGGCAGCUAGGAAACGAGAGGAAUUACCAAGAGGACAGAGUUACAGAAAGAGAGGAGUAGUAGAUAAACGAAGUAUGAAAUGCGAGCAUUGUAGCAAAACAGGUCAUGACAAAAGUACUUGUUUCAAGUUGCACGGAGUGCCGGAAUGGUAUAAAGAAUUGAACGAACAAAGAAGGAAAAGUGUUGGGGAUUCGAACAGGGUGAAUAUUGCGCAAGGACCAGAACCUAAGUUUCAAAAAGAAGUGCAAAGGGAGGAUCAAUCCUCAGUUAAUGAUGUGGUCAUGGAGCUUAUGAAGAUGCUGAAAAAGUUGCCUUCAGACCCUAUCCAGGCAAGUUGUUCAGAAAAUUUUGCAGGACCGGAUGACUAAUGAGGUGGUGGCAGUGGCAAAGCAAACCAAACAUCUCUAUAUUCUCAAUAAACAGUCUUUUGAUACAGCUUUUAUCAAAUCUUUCCAAUCUGUUUCUUCGAACUUUGUAUCUCGUGUUAUAGAAUCUGAUGCUUUGUUAUGGCACAAGAGGUUGGGGCAUCCCUCGCUCAAGGUACUUGAACAUGUUCCCACCAUGAAAAAUGUU